AUGCCAAUUUACAUGGAGGAAAUCGCUGAUGGAUUUCGUGGAAAGAAUCGUACUGAUGUGCCUCCGCAUAUUUUUGCGGUCACCGAUGCUGCUUACCGGAACAUGCUACAAAAUCGUGAAGAUCAAAGCAUCCUUUGCACCGGAGAAUCUGGAGCCGGCAAGACGGAGAACACGAAGAAAGUUGGUGGCCGCGAAUCUUUCGUCCGCUCGCAAACUGCAGAACAAGCCGAAUUCACCGCUGAAGCCAUUGCAAAAGCAUGUUAUGAGCGUCUGUUCCGAUGGCUAGUUCAACGAAUCAAUCGCUCAUUGGACCGUACUCGUCAGAAUACAACAUCUUUCAUUGGAAUACUUGACAUUGCUGGCUUCGAAAUCUUUGAGAAGAAUGGCUUUGAACAGCUCUGCAUCAACUACUGCAACGAGAAGCUUCAGCAGCUCUUCAACCACCAUAUGUUCAUCCAAGAGCAAGAGGAGUACAAGCGCGAAGGAGUGAAGUGGAAUUUUGUCGACUUCGGACACGAUCUGCAGCCCACAAUUGAUUUGAUUGACAAGAAUAUGGGGGUAAUGGCUUUGCUCGAUGAUACCUGUCUGUUCCCAAAGGCGGAUGACAAGAAUUUUGUCGAAAAGUUGAUCGGACAACACAAAGACCACGCAAAGUUUAUUCCACCAGAGGCUCGAUCAAAAGGCGCCUUUGCUCUGAUGCAUUACGCUGGUCGUGUCGAUUAUUCGGCUGAUGGAUGGCGAAUGAAGAACAUGGAUCCGUUGAACGACAAUGUCGUAGACCUUUUGCAGCACAGUUCGGAUCAAAUCGUCGCCGAAAUGUGGAAACAUGCUGAGUUAAUGCUUGAACAUCUUGCCGUCGAUACGGCCAUCAUUGGCAAAACAAAAGUCUUUUUUAAAGCGGGACAAUUGGCGAUCCUUGAACAAAUGCGCGAUGAAAAGAUCACAAACCUGAUCGUCGCUUUUCAGGCACAUUGCCGCGGCAACUUGGCUAGACGGGAGUUUAAGCGUCGCACGGAACAAGCAAAUGCGAUUCGAAUCAUUCAGAGGAACGGACUUGCAUGGAUGAAACUUCGAGGAUGGCACUGGUGGCGCUUGUUGAUGAAAAUGAAGCCUCUUCUGGAAAUCACAAAGACGGACGAGGUUAUUGCCGAGAAAGAUGACGCCAUCAAAAACAUGUCCGAGAAGUUGCGUCGCAGUGAGGUCUACAUUGAUGAUUGUGGAAAGCGAAUUGAAGUUUUGAACGAAGAUCGUGCCCGCUUGCAACAACGCUUGGAACUUGAAACAGCAGAACGAACGGAUGCCGAUGAAGAACGUCAACGACUCAAUGCAAAGAAAACAGAACUUGAAGAGGAACUAAUGCACAUCUCUGAGCAAAUGAAGCAGGAAAUGGCCAAGGCAUCCAGAUUCGAGUCCGAAAAGAAGAAGCUGCAGACUGACAUCAGAGACUUGGAGGUGCAACUGUCGGCUGAAGAGAACACUCGUCACAAACUCAUCCAGGAACGCACGUCGUUUGAGAAGAAGCUUAGGGACUUGGAGCUGACGCAAGCUGAGAUGCAGGAAUCAAAUGCAAGGUUGACAAAGGAAAAGCGCUCGUUGGAAGCACGUGUGCAACAACUUCAAGAAAAGCUAAUCGACGAAGAAGAGCGCCACAAGAACAUCCAGAAAGUGAACGGCAAAACCGAAACGGAUUUGGCUGCACUGCAAGAAAAUGCUAGGCGUGAAACGGGUACUCUUCUGAAGAAAAUCAGCGCCUUAGAGAUGGAACUGGCUGACGCAAAGGAGUUAAUUGAAGAGGAAAAGCGCAACCGCAAUCUCAUCGCUUCAAAGUUGCGCACCAAAGAUGAGGAGUACCGUGCAAUGGAGGAGCAACACGAUGAUUUGCAGCGAGAUCGUGAUCGGUUAAACAAAGAAAAUUUCGCCCUGAAGCAAAAAGAAGCCGAAUUGCAAAAGAAAAUCGAUCUGGACGCCGAGGAGAAGUUUGAAGAUCUUCGCAAGAAAUUGAGCCGAGACCUCGAAGACGCAUUGGAUCGCUUGAAGAAAGAAGAGCUGGCUCGAGAAAAAGCAGAACGAUCCAAAAAGAAACUCAUCCAAGAGAACGAAGACUUGAUGAAUGAGGUGGGAUUGAGCAAUGCUGCUCUUUCGGAGGCCCAGCGCCAACAACGCAAGCACGAUCAGCUUCUUGCGGAGGAGAAGGCAUUGCGAGACGAUGUGAAUCGCGAUAAAGAAAUGACCAUGCAACAAUUGCGUGAUCUCGAGACAAAGAACCUGCAACUUGUGCAAGAUCUCAACCGACUCAAGGAGAAGAACGAUGAGCUGGAGAAGGCGAAGAAAGUCCUUCAACUGGAGGUUGAUAGUUUGACUAGCAACGAAGAUGCCAGUGGAAAAACUGUCUUUGAUCUGGAAAAAGCAAAGCGAUUUUUGGAGGAGGAAAAUAUUCGUCUUGGCGAACAAAUCAUCGAGCUCGAGGAUGAAUGCCAGAUACUCGAUGAUAAAAACUCUCGUUACGAGGUGCAGAUGAACGCCAUGCGAGCGGAACUCGCUCGUGAUCGUGAACAACGGGAACAAGAGGAGGACGACAACCGGCGACAGGCCACUAAACAAAUCCGAGAGCUUGAAGAACAACUUGAAGAAGAAAGACGCCAGAAGAGCGUCGCUCUCGCUGCUAAACAAACUCGGCUGGCUGAGAUCAACACCAUGCUUGAAGCCGAGAAGCAAAACAGUGAACGCUGCAAGGAGAUGGCUGAUCGUUCUGCGCAGCGCCAACGUCAACUGAAGAGGCAAAUUGAGGAGCUCGAGGAAGAUGUGGAUCGGGAGAAAAUGAAAAACCGUCAGCUCAAUCACGAGAUCAACGACCUGCAGGAGGGCAACGAUCGUCUUACCACGGAAAACAGUCGCUUGACGGCACGUAUGAAUGCAAUCGAUCGCACAAGUGUUCGUCCUUCGAUGGCUCGUGGAACUACGCGCUACGGAAGCAACAGCUCUCUUCGUGAUUCGUUCACUCGUGAGGGGCCGGAAGCAUUCGACGAUGCGCGUUCAUCUUCUGGAAUCACCGGAAGUCACGGUGCCCGUCUCUCGGAUGCUGGAAGUGAUUCUCGUCUC